AUGGCUCCCCGAACCUCUUCCCGCCACGCUGCCGCCAAGGCCAAGGAGGCUAUCGCAGCUACCGCCGAACCAACUAAGGCCACGGCGGGCACCAAACGAAAAGCGCCGCCUCAUGAAGCACCACUCCCGAAAAAGGAGAAAACAGAGGAUAUAAGCAAGGAGGAUAUCAAGCCCGAGGCAACACCCGAACAAGCACCGAUCACUUCGGUGGGCGAGCCUCCAGCGUCGGAACUCGAAGUCCCGACAAAGGACGAAAAGCCAUCUGGAGAGCAUGCUCCAGGCCAACACCCGCCGGACCAAAAGGCCAGUACCGAGGCAGGGGGUGUUCGCAAAUCCGAAGAGAGGGAAAACGUGGUAUCCUCCAAUAUUCUGGAGAAAGGCUUCAUUUAUUUCUUCUUCCGCCCACGCGUCGAUGUCGAGGAUCCUCACAGUAUUGGGGAUGUAGCCCGAAGCUUCUUUGUUCUUCGCCCAACUCCCUUCGGGGCCGAGUUCGAUAAUGACCAAGGCCCCGUUGACAAGGGCGCCCAGUGCCGAUUGAUGAUGCUGCCGAAGAAGAAAUUCCCAACCUCAAGCAAAGAACGAGACAUGGGAUUCGUGGAAAAGGCAGGUCAGUCCAUGCAGGCUUUGCAGGAGAAUUUCAUGGCCGGUAAAACAUACCAAACUGCUACGAGGGGGGAGCGUCAUACCGAGGAAGCCAGGCCAUACGCAGAAGGUGUUUACGCGAUUACUCACACACCUCGGGCAUCUCAUCUUGCCUAUGUCCUGACUAUACCUUCUGAGCUCGGCGCUCUUCAAGAGGACUUUGGGCUCCGGGAACGUGGCAGUUGGCUUGUUCAAUCCAAAAAUCCCAAGUUUCCUGGCCCCCCGAUUGGUCAAUUGCCUCAGAAUCCAGAGUUUCCUGAAACGGUUCUCAAAAAGUUCGGAGACCUCCGGUGGGUACCACUGGAGCCCGAAUUUUUGGAAUAUCCCAAUUCCCAAUUCCUCAUGAUCGGCGAGGCACAGAAUGAUCUUGGCAAAGCUGCCAGUUCUCAAGGAGAAAAGUUACCUCACGAGGAGGAGCCCGGCCAAGAGUUGGAGAGACUGGAAGAUGAAAAUGAACACCGGAUCAGUACUUUGAGUGGGGACGCAACCGUCUAUCAAGACUUGGGCUUCCACGCGAAAAAUUACCCGAAACUGCCUACCACUUGGAAUACAUAG